UUUAGAUUAAAUUAUUACAUCUUUAUAAACUUUUUAGUAGUAUGGUGGAAUUAGAGUUAUAUUUUACAUACAUAUGGUAAUUGAAUUCUUUCUUUGAUCAUAUUGCAGCAUGACAAGAACUCUAUCAAGAUAUGAACAAUACACUUAUUCAGACAAGAAAAAUGGAACCAAUUGUGAUGAUCUCAAGAAAAAUUGGUACCUUGAACAUCCCAAACUCAUGGCUCGUGUCGAACUCUUACAGAGAAAUACGAGGAACUAUGCGGGUCAGGAUUUGGAUCCCCUGAGCAUGAGAGAACUACGCAGUUUGGAGCAACAAUUAAAUAGUGCUCUAAAACGAAUUCGCACGAAAGAGGCGAGAACAAUGCAGGAUCAACACAACAAGUUAGUAAAAGAGGAUCUGAAGGAAAAGGCAGCGCUGCAAAGAGAGAGUUUACCUCAAAAUGCAUCGCAGGGGAUUUUAUCAACUGUUGGUAAUGAAAGUACGAACCAAACUCACCGGACGGAAUCCAACACCGGCAUUCCACGGUGGUUCCUCAGCCAUAAGGACCAAAUGUAACAAAUCAAGUCACAAUCCAAACCAAAGAGAAAUUAUUAUUAUUAUUAUUAUU